AGGAGCGGGGUGGGGGGUGGCGGCGGGAGAAGCGUGGGCCUUGGCGCAAGCGUGCUGCUGCUGCGGCCGCCGCUGUCAGGCUCGUCGGCUGCGGAGUGUUGCUGUGGCGGCGGCGGCUGCUGGUGCUGCUGGUGGUGGUGGGCGGCUUUCCCAGGCCCCUCCGCCUCCCCGAAAAUGGCGAGCCACCUGCCGCCGUGCGUCGUGGACGGCGGCACCGGGUAUACAAAACUGGGUUAUGCAGGGAAUACAGAACCACAAUUCAUUAUCCCAUCAUGUAUUGCAAUAAGAGAAUCGGCAAAAGUUGGUGACCAAGCACAGAGGAGGCUUACCCAAGGAAUUGAUGAUCUAGACUUUUUCAUUGGAGAUGAAGCCGUAGAUAAACCUACCUAUGCUACAAAGUGGCCUAUACGACAUGGUAUUGUGGAAGACUGGGAUCUUAUGGAAAGAUUCAUGGAGCAGGUUAUUUUUAAAUAUCUUCGAGCUGAACCAGAAGAUCACUACUUCUUGAUGACUGAGCCACCACUGAAUACUCCUGAGAACAGAGAAUACCUCGCAGAAAUCAUGUUUGAAUCUUUUAACGUGCCAGGACUUUACAUUGCGGUUCAGGCCGUGUUGGCUUUAGCUGCAUCUUGGACUUCACGGCAAGUUGGGGAACGUACUUUAACUGGAACUGUUGUUGACAGUGGUGAUGGUGUGACCCAUGUCAUUCCAGUGGCAGAAGGUUAUGUAAUUGGCAGUUGCAUCAAACACAUCCCCAUUGCAGGUAGAGAUAUUACAUAUUUCAUUCAACAGCUCCUAAGGGAGAGGGAGGUGGGAAUUCCACCCGAACAAUCAUUGGAGACAGCUAAAGCCAUAAAGGAAAAGUACUGUUAUAUUUGUCCAGACAUAGUGAAGGAAUUUGCCAAGUAUGAUACAGAUCCACGCAAGUGGAUAAAGCAAUAUACAGGCAUCAAUUCAAUCAACAAAAAUAAAUUCAUCAUAGAUGUUGGUUAUGAAAGGUUUCUUGGGCCAGAAAUCUUCUUUCAUCCAGAGUUUGCCAAUCCAGACUUUAUGGAAUCCAUUUCAAAUGUCGUUGAUGACGUUGUACAGAACUGCCCCAUUGAUGUUCGGCGCCCUUUAUAUAAGAAUGUGGUUCUUUCAGGAGGAUCCACGAUGUUCAGGGAUUUUGGGCGCCGGCUGCAGAGAGACUUGAAGAGGGUCGUAGAUGCUCGACUGAAAACCAGCGAAGAGCUCAGUGGUGGUCGGAUAAAGCCCAAACCUGUUGAAGUUCAAGUGAUAAGCCACCAUAUGCAGCGCUAUGCAGUCUGGUUCGGAGGAUCAAUGCUUGCAUCAACAUCAGAGUUCUUUGAAGUAUGCCACACCAAGAAAGAUUAUGAGGAAUACGGUCCUGGUAUUUGCCGCCACAAUCCUGUCUUUGGAGUUAUGUCUUAAUUCUCGUCGUGUGGCGGUGCCUGCUCUUGUGUCUAAUGGAGAUCCUUUUGCUGGCGAGUAGAAGAAAGCACUUUGUGUAAAUAUCAGAACACAAGUGUGGAUGUUCACUUGCCUUGGGGAUGAAGACUUCAGUCCUACCGUGUGCAGUGGAAUCAUGCAUUGCAAUGAAAUGGACAACCCAGAACCUUUUGAGCAAAAGUCACACGUAUGCUGACAAUUUGAGACUCUCCUCAGCAUUAGCUUCUAGACGUACAGGGCAGCUCCUGUUUGGAAGAUGGUGGAAACAGGAAUUGCAGGGAUAAACAGAGGCCAAUAAAAAAACAACGCCAAAAUUGCUGUAAAACUUCUGGAACAGGGAAGAGUGCUCAACAGUUUCCUGCAUUGAUCUCAGCCCUGCAGCCCAAUAUGCAAGGAGGAGAUUUUAUGCUUGAAAAUUACCCCUUCGAUUUCAGUGGGUCCUGUUGAGACUUCAUGGUCUUCCCUAAACAGAUGAGAUUGUAAAAUGGGGCCUUAGUUUGUAGAAAAAUUAAAAGUACUGUAACCUUGCAAUACAAAUGUUUUAUUUUGGAGAAUUUUGUAUUUUACGACAAUUAUCGGGUGGGUUUUCUGAGUGAGCACAAAGAACUAGCGAUGCAUGAGGAUUGUGGGAGCGAUGCCGCUUUCUGGUUGAGCAAGAAGGCUGGUUGCCUUGGUGAAGCAAGAAGACAACCCAGUGGGGCUCUCUCUGAGUAUGUAAGUGUGUUUUUGAAAAUGGUACUGCUUUUUAUGUGAGUGAGAUGAAUUUUUAAGCCUCUGAAAGUAAUGUAUGAUAUUAAUUCCUGCUAUUUAUUGAAUUCGUGUUUUCUUUUUUUUAAUUUGGGGACUAGUGAGUAGUAGUUGGCUACUGAUCAAAUAAAAGCUGUGAACAUGUUCACACAGAUAACUGUUCUCGUGGUUAAAUUGCUUCCUGUUGAAGGUUCCGUUUCUGGGAAAUUCCACGUUUGCUCAAGAAUGGGCUAGUUUGUCCCCUAUACGUUUGGGAAAGAGCAUGCCCGGGGGUCACAGAUAUAAGCUUUAUGACUAUAAAUAGAUCAGUCCUACUGAUAAUCUCUCGUGUACCAACAGUAGCAGUAGAAGAAUGUAGAAGAUUUGGUUUGUUGGUGCUGCUAUAUUAAAGUAAAUACAUAACCUCAGGUUGGCACUUUGACAUAGUGGGUUGUAAGCAGUAGCGGAAAGCAUAUUCCACUCAUGCAAGGAGCCCCCCCCCACUAUUUUUGCUGUUCCCUCCUACCCACUUAAUUGCCACACCCAAAACCUUGAUGCUGAGGGUUAGGGGACCCUCUAGAAUAGUUCUGCAUAUGGCAAAAAGGUCUGCAGUAGGUACAGGGAUCAGGGAAAAUUGGGAUGCGUGGGCAGAAGGAACCACUGAGUGCAAAUGACUGUAAAUAAGCCUGCUCUCCCCACUGCCUUUUAUUGUAUAUUUAUGCACAAAUGUGGGAAUUAUGCGAAAGGUGGUAAACCUCCAGAGCUCCUCCUUGGGUCUUUCUCUGGUCAUAUGCAAGAAACAGUGAAAUAAUACUUGUAUAAUUCCCAUAACAAAUGUUUUCUUCAUAAAACAUUUGUUAUGGGAAUUAUAUGGGACAUUCAGUGACAACCAUAAGAAUUCAGGAAAAGUUAUGAAAUCCAAGUUGUUGGAGCUUUGAUAUCCUGUCCUAUGUUAGAAGAGAUUACCUGCAUUUGCCGGUCAAAUCUCAGGUGAAUUGGUGUCCUUGGUUAACACAUCCAACGCAUAUAUUCUUGAUGAGAUCCUGACUUCAUUGCACUUAGUUCCCAUGGAAAUCAAUGUAGAAAGUUGCAUUGAUUUCAGUAGGCACCAAGUGCAACCAACACGGUCAGGAUCUAACCCAUUGUGUCUAACGUACAAUCCUAAAGAAUGCAAACUCCCGAACACCAAAUAGUUUAUUGUCAACAAAUUUGAGCUGGAUUUUUUUUUUAAAUGUUAAUUAGAGGUGGUUGGCUUUCCAUCCCACCAGCCUAUCCAUUGGAUUGUCUCACUCGUAAAUGUCUUGGGUUUCCUUGUUAUAAAUCUGAAGAACAUUGUGCAUAUGUCUCGCCAUGGAACUUUCAAUUAAAUACAAUUAGCAAA